AGAAGCAUAAAACUUGAAAAAGCAGAGGUCAAAGCAUCGAUUUUGGGGUAUUCCUUUAGUUUAGCGUGUGUAGCAGGUGCAGGAAUCGCCACGGCGGCGGCAGUUGCAUCUUUCAUCUCAGCUCAAAAUGGAGGCGCAGACUUCUCGAGAACCUGACCCGCCCCCCCUCACCACCCGGCUCCGUUCGAGGCCCGAUCCCUUCCUCAUCACCUGCCGCUGCUUCAGCGUCAUCACUGCUCUCGCCGCCAUUCUCUGCAUCGCCGUCAACAUCCUCUCCGCCGUUCAAUCUUUCAAAAACGGAUCUGAUUGCAGAUAUUCGAUGGGAUAUUUCGAUGCUACACGGUGGUCAUUGCCUUAUUUGUGGUUGUCGCCGAGACUGAGUGGGAAUUCAUCAUCAAGUUCUCCAAGAUCCUGGAGUACUGGGCAGGCAGAGGGAUGCUGCAGAUCUUUGAUGACCCGAGCUUACCCUGAGUAUUUAAAGGACCAUGCAGAGCUUUUUCUUCUUCAAAGCAUCUCUAGCUACCUGCUUCUUGCAUGUGGUGUGGUUUACAUUAUAUCAGGAAUGUGCUGCAUUGGCAUGGUGAAACGUGCUCGCCAGAAAAAAGAAAUCUCCAGGGAGCAAGCAAUAAAGGAUCUUGAGGAGCUUGAGCAGCGCCGAGAAGAACUUGAGUCGUUGUUGGUCCCUGAAGCUUGACUCGGAGCUCGGAGCUCAAACUCAGCAGAGAAAUGCAGUACAGGUCAACCUGUAUUGAACCACACUCACCCUGCUGUUUAAAAUUAGUGAGGCUUAAAAGGAUUGUUUUCAGAGAUUGGAUUCUGUUGUACAGUUGCGUAGAUUUGAAUUUAGCUAUAUGCUACCCUCUUGUCUAUUUCUCUCAUUCUGUUGGAAGAACAAUACUGAGUCAGUGAGUUGUAGUUGUUUGUUGCUUCUUUAUGGAGUAUUAGCUUUCCUGAACUA